CGAUUCCCCAGCAUCACAGCCAUCCCGUCAUCUUGCCAUCGCUGGCCUCGCCAAUAAUACGUGAUACCUGUUUUCGCCGACUGCCUGGCAUCGGGGCCCGUUCUAUGCGUCCCGAGUAUCGUGUAACUACUUGCACAUCCCACCGGACAGGCCACCGUUCAUCGGCGCAUAUCUCAGCCUCGCAGUAGGCUUCAAGAUACACAAUAGGGACGUGUCAUGUCAGGGUGUGCUCCCCCACUGAAUCCAUCAACCGACCGCCAACUUCCGUCCCGCCUCCGCCAUAUCCGGCCCAAGCAAAGCAACAACAACAGUCAACCUCAUCUCUGCUCGCGCAAUUAGUUACGUUCCCUUGCAUUUUGAACACUACAAUAUCAAACUAUCUAUACCUCCCUUCCGCCGAUCCUGUCCCGAGCCAUCGCCCUGUUUCCGCUUGUCGAUGUGCGCAGGUCCCCCAGAUCCUGCUUUACCCCCUCAGCGUCCGCGCCUAUCAUUUGGACUUGUCGACGUCACUGCUAUUUGCCCUCCAGAACACAAUCCAUCGACAACUCCCCACCAUCGAACUGCUGCCGACCAUCUCCAGGCGCUCUCCUCUGCAGAAACGCCAGCCGUGGUUGUUACAAGCAACGUUGCGAGAUUGCGACAAACGGCCAGCGACGACCGGGAGACGGCCAAUACGCAUGACGGCCUAAGGCCUCAACCGCUGCAACAUGGGAAACGCCAGCACGAAAGAGUCGCGCAGCGGCGAUGGAAGCCACCGCAGCCACCACGGCGCCUCUCAGCCGAGUGUCACCGGUUCUUUACAUGCAGACAGGUCGCCAGGACGGCGGAAUCGGCUGAGCCGCGGCGAUUUGGGUGUCCUAGGCCUGGUGGGAGGCUCGAGCUCCCAUAGCGAGCAUCAUCAUGAGCGCAGAGAGACAAAACAAGAACGGGAAGCCCGCAGACUGGAGAGGGAAAGAGUCCAGCGGUUGGCGGAAAGAGAGCGGAGCAUGAAGGAGGAGAACGUCGAUGGUGGAUUUCUCGUUACCAUGGGAACAUACGUUGGUGUCGAAGACUUCAACAAGCAGAUUGUUCGGCAAUUGCAGAUCGAAAGAAAAAUCGCCCCUUUCUGGCGAGGUUUGAACGACCUUGAUGACCAAUGGACAGAACCUCAAAUUAUUGCCGCAGCACGCGGCCUGCCGAUUCCAGCUGCCGAUGAAGUACCGCCUGACGAGCUGAUUCCCCGUCCUCUGUCAGCAAACGACCAUACGGAAGGCUCCCGGAAUAUAAACAGCCUCAUGGUUCCGAUCGCUGGCCGUACCCAGUCUACAACGUCGGAACACAGCAUGUCUAACCCAGGCUCUGCGCUUCCUUCUCCCAUCUCCAGCCAGCCCGCUAGAACGAGCUCCCCUUUUAGACCGCGUGGCAAAGCUCUCGCCGCCGUGCUCGGCGGGAACUCUCGAAAUGGCUCGACGACUGAGAUUGUGCCCCGCGAAAUCAACAUUUCCAAUGACCCGUUUGUCAAUGGACAACCCAUCGAGGUGUUCCUGUACAAGAAUGCCACCGAGUGUCCGAUCUGUUUUCUGACCUACCCGCCAUAUCUCAACCAGACGCGGUGUUGUGGACAGGCUAUCUGCAGUGAGUGCUUCGUUCAGAUUAAGCGACCUGAUCCGCAUUUUCCCGAGGGGCAUAACGAGAACGACCCAAACCACAACCCCGAAGAGGCGGCCGGGAUGUUGGUAUCAGAGCCCGCCUGCUGCCCCUAUUGUACUCAACCAGAUUUCGGUGUAACAUACGAUCCGCCACCUUUCAGACGGGGCCUGGCAUAUUCUAUCGCUCCCGCAGCUCUGUCAUCCAUGAGCACCGCCAUGUCGUCCAGCAGCUCUGUAAACUCAGCUUCUCUGUCGCCCCCCGCGGGGGCUGCUGGCGGGGGUCGCCGAAGGACUCAGUCUCUCUCUGCAACCAGCCCAAAUGUUAUCUUGACAGACCGUAUCCGACCAGAAUGGGCAACCAAACUCCAAGCUGCGCGUGCUCAUCAAGCAAGACGAGCUGCUGCUGCCACCGCUUUGCACACUGCGGCAUUCAUGAUGGGGAAUACUGAGAGUCGGGCGUUUCGGAGUCGUUUUGGGCGAAGAAACACGGGCGGUUCGGGAUCGACGGGAGCUCCCUCAGGGGGGCAGAAUAACGGCGAGGGAGACAAUGGCGACAGCGGCUCUGCAACGCCUGCGGGUGAUGCCGACUCCUCAGGUCAGCGGGGUAAUCGUGGCGGAACAUCCAGCAUCGUUGUCUCUCCACGCAUGCGCGCUGAAGAGCUCGAGGAGAUUAUGGUCAUGGAGGCUAUCCGUUUGUCGCUCGCCGAAGAAGAGGAGCGGAAACGGAAAGAAGAGCUUGAGAAGGCCAAGCAAAAAACAAAAGAAGAGAAUAAGCCAACACAGGUGGGUGGCGGGCCUUAUGAUGACGGUGCAGGAAACAGCCAAGCAAGCGCAAGUAGUCUGAGCGUGGAGAGGAAGCGAGGAAACAGUGCUUCUAGCAACCUUCGUGUGGAGGCCAGCGUCACAAAUGCGCUGGCAACGACUGCUGCAGCUGCGUCAGGUUCAGCAGGUGAUGAUAACACCAAGGACAAGGGCAAGGCCGUAGACCGCAAUACACCCAUCACUUCUGAUGGUUCUUCCGCCACCGCUGCCUCCCGACCAGCCCUGGCGACUCACCAACCUGCAGGCCCAUCCCACCUCAGCCAAAUGAGCAGUGCCUCCUCAAUCUCUUCCUCUAUCCUUGACAGCCAACCUAGCAGCUUUACAUCGCCAUCCACCGCUCAAGAUCCGCGCGGAAGCGGUCUUAGUCUUGAAAGUCGUUCUGCCACCGAGGAAGGCGAGUGCCAAGAGAGGGGCCGUGAUCCUAGCGCCAGCACUGAGCCCUUGCUCAACUUCAGAAGUCUAGCGGAAGUGGUCGGGGUCAGUCUAGAGGGCGAGAACGCCGGAAGGCGACUGAGUCAAAUCGAGUUGGAGAAGAGCAAACUCUCGGAAGAGCCCCAACAAAAGGCGACUACGACAGAACAAGCCGGAGGAAACUUGUUGGCCGAAGCAGCACAGAAUGGAGCUGCUCAGAAGCAAACUGGGGAAGAAAUCGAGAGGGAGCUACUGCACCUAGAAGCGCCCAGCACUUCGGAUCCGUCGCUUCCACCUAAGGUGAUGGUUACACCCGACACUCCCGCAGUCGAGAUUGGCGAGGAUUCGAAGCAACUUGGCUACCAGACAACGACUGUGGAGCGCACUCACCAACUCACGCAAUAG